AUGUCCACAUCAUCGAACGUUAUCGCCGACUGUCCUGCUCGCUAUCCAUACCUGCAGAACAGCUACAAUAAUGCGAUGCUAUCUGACGUAGUGAUUUGCUUCGAAGAUGAAAGAGUAUACGCCCACAAAGUCGCUGUGAUGGCAGCCUCUGGAGUGUUCAAUGCCGCUUUCAACAGCAAGUUUCCAGUCGCCGACCAAGGCACUUUCGAGAUUAAAGGAUACUCGACUGACGUUGUUUACGCUAUGCUUCGUCAUAUCUACAGCAAGCCUCCCGAAGAACCUUCACCAGCUAGAGGAUUGGAGGAGGAGCUUGAGCAUCACUUCGCUAUAUUUUUGAUCGCCAACGAAUAUGAAAUUCAGUCUCUCUGUCGAUCCAGUGCGCAGAGUGUCGUUCAGAUGAUCAAGUCAAUACCUCUCCCAAACCCAUUGCCCUGGUAUUACCAGAAAUGGCCUUCUGAGGAGAGAUACUCGCGGUCGCGUGAACAGUUGUCCCUGAUCUUGGUAAGAACGGCAACGCUGUACAUUGAUUCCAAGAUUGCGGACACAUCGCUUUUGGACACAGUGCUCCAGACCUACUUCGAUUUGUUUUCGGAUCUGGAUUCGAUGAAGCGUCAUCUGAAGUUGUGCGACGCAUGA